AUGGCAAAUCUAAAGAUUCGACUCAAGCAAUCUACACCAUAUUACCCGCAGGCGAAUGGACAAGCCGAGGCAAGUAACAAGGUUCUUAUUGGUAUUCUUGAAAAUAUGAUAAAAGAAAGGACAGGCAUGUGUCACUUAAGGAUAAACAAAGCGUUAUGGGCUUAUCGAACCUCUCUACAGACAGCCAUCGGAACGACUCUGUAUGCGUUGACUUAUAGACACGACGCAGUGUUGCCCGUCGAGCUAAGUAUCAACUCGUUGCGAAUAAUUGAAGAAAGUAGUUUGUUCGACGCCGAGUACAGUCAAGCCAUGAGACAAGAACUAGAAGAUUUAGAAGAAGCUCAACUUAAUGCUUAUAACUUAUUAGUGGCUCAAAAGAAGAUCGUCGAGCGUGCAUAUAAUCAACGAGUUAAACAAAAAACGUUCGACGAAUGA